ACGUUACGCCGCGGGGUGAGAGGUCAUUGGGAACCGUAGCUGCAGCCUUUCCCCGUCCUGGUUCCCUCUUUCCAUUAUAUGAGCAAUCCUGCGAUCCGGCCUCUCUCCAUGCGGGGGCGACAGCAUGACCCGCAGAGCAGUUAGCAGGAAGAGGAGGGCGGGGCCGGCCGUGGGCUCCGGAGAGCAGGCUGACUGGGAUCAUGCGGCUCAGAAAAGGAAGAGACUUCCUCCAGAGAAGAAGUCAUUGGUGUAUUACUUGAAAUCGAGAGAGGUCAAAGCCAAAAGUGAUGGACGUUAUCAUCACUUGUUAAGUGGAUAUGCUGCCCAGACUCUCCCCAGUAUACUUACAGAGAGAGAAUUCAAUCUCGGGGCACUUAAUAAAGUCUUUGCUUCGCAAUGGCUAAACCAUCGCCAGGUAGUUUGUGGAACCAAAUGCAAUACAUUGUUUGUGGUCGAUGUACAGACGGGUCAAAUCACAAAGAUUCCUAUUUUGAAAGACCGAGAGCCUGUCAACACAACUCUAAACUGUGGGAUCCACGCCAUUGAGUUAAACCUUUCCCGGACUUUGCUGGCUACUGGAGGUGAUAACCCUAACAGCCUUGCAGUCUAUCGGCUUCCUACCUUGGAUCCUGUCUGUGUGGGAGAUGAGGGACACAAUGACUGGAUAUUUUCUAUUGCAUGGAUCAGUGACACCAUGGCAGUUUCAGGGUCUCGAGACGGCUCCAUGGGCCUUUGGGAGGUUACAGAAGAGUUGCUCAAUCAAAGUGACUUCCAAGAUGACCUGUCCAGGGUUCCAGUGUAUGCCCACAUUUCCCACAAAGCAUUAAAGGAUAUCCCCAAAGAAAGCAGCAACUCCACCAACUGCAAAGUUCGAGCCCUUGCAUUCAACAGCAAUAACAAGGAACUUGGGGCUGUUUCCCUGGAUGGCUACUUCCACCUUUGGAAAGCAGAACAUACAUUAACAAAGCUGCUUUCAACUAGGUUACCAUACUGCAGAGAGAACGUGUGUCUCUCUUAUGGUCUGGAGUGGUCGGUGUACGCAGUGGGUUCCCAGGCACAUGUCUCAUUCCUUGACCCGAGGCAGCCUCCUCAGAAUGUGAAGUCUGUAUACUGCAGAGAACAAGGUUGUGGAGUUCGGUCAGUCAGCUUCUAUGAACACAUAAUCACAGUUGGAACUGGACAUGGGUCACUCUUGUUUUAUGAUAUUCGGGCGCAGAAGUUUUUGGAGAGUGUUGCUUGCAAAUUCCAGGAUUCCAAGCACAAAGGAGGCAUCGUAAAGUUGACCACGGGAAAAGGCUGGCUGAACCACAAUGAUAUGUGGAGAAAUUACUUUUCCGAUAUGGUCUCCUGCCCGAAUGCCGUUUACACCCACUGCUAUGACUCAUCAGGAACAAAACUCUUUGUGGCUGGUGGUCCCCUGCCCACUGGCCUCCAUGGAAAUUAUGCCGGUCUCUGGAGUUAAAAAUCCGGUGGGCACCAUGAACCUUCUGACCGCAAGAACGGAUUUAAUUUCCACGGAAUGCAACCAAUAGGAUCUUUCAUCUUUUUCAAAAUACAUAUAUUGUCUCAGAUGUAUAUUUCAUUUUUUUUUUUUUUUUUUUAAAGUUGCUUUUUUGAAAGAAAGUCCAUGAGAAAUGUUUGAGCGCUCUCAGCUUUUUAACUCCUUUAUUUUACUUAUACAUUUGACAUUUUCCCACCCGUAACACCUUUUUCAUAUUUAAAGGUACAGUCCACAAAUAUAUUGUUAUACAUAUAUAUUUUUAACUCCAGAUUUCUUACCCACAUUGUUUAUCACACAUGAGACUCCUGGAGGAAAAAAAUACUGAUUCUUGGAUCUAUUUUGCCAUGGCAACCAAAUUAUUUUAACUUAAGGAAUGUAUUCCUUGCAAGUCUGUUCUUGCAAUAUAGUGUAAUUUCCACUACUUGGGAUUAAUGACUCACGGUCCUAUAUCAUGAAACCUGCAUUGGUAUGCCGAACAGCAGGACAAUUCACCGAGCAGUAGGAUUGUACCUAGCCAAGGCGGAAAACAGCUAUAAAAGAAAGCAGACAUCUAUUGCUUAGCUGCAGGCUAAGAUACCUUAAUAUUGAGCGGGCCCUUCCAGAUUUUCUGUGAAAGUCUGGGGAAAUAUUGCAGUGUGUGUGUCUGUGUGUUCGAGCGUGCGUGUGUGUGUGUGUGUGAAGAGUACUUUUUUUGUGACCAGUACAUAGUUUACUUGGUGUGAAAACUAAAACUAAUAUUAUUGGAGGAAAAAUAGUCCUGCUUCAAAAUCAUAUUUUAUCUUUUUUGCAAAGGUUUCUACCCACAUGGUAAAUUGAAAGAAAGGAAAAAAACCAUAUGAUGUGCAUUGCAACUCUUUUUUUUAUAGGGACCCUAUAGUCACCAGAACCUCUACAGCAUUUUG